AUGGGCAACUGCUUCACCAAGACGUACGAGCAGGAGAUACCAAUCACCACGGACCCGCCGACGUACCGGCCGCCCCACGAUCACACGGCGCGGGAGGUGCCGCUGUCGUCGGGCUCGGGCUCGCGCCGGCCGCCGUCCUUCCGGGCGCCGCCGCCGCCGCGGCUUCCGGCCUUCCCGUCGUUGGGCACGGGGUCGAUGGGCGGCCGGCGGGCGCCCACCGGCCAGAUCGGCCCGAUCCUGCAGCGGCCCAUGGUGGACGUGCGCACGCUGUUCCACCUGGAGCGGAAGCUGGGGAGCGGGCAGUUCGGGACCACGUACCUGUGCACGGAGCGCGCGACGGGGAGGAAGUACGCGUGCAAGUCCGUGUCCAAGCGCAAGCUGGUGCGCCGCGCCGACAUCGACGACAUGCGCCGGGAGAUCACCAUCCUGCAGCACCUCAGCGGCCAGCCCAACGUGGCGGAGUUCAAGGGCGCCUUCGAGGACGCCGACGACGUGCACGUCGUCAUGGAGUUCUGCUCCGGCGGGGAGCUCUUCGACCGCAUCACGGCCAAGGGGAGCUACUCCGAGCGCCAGGCCGCCGCCGUGUGCCGCGACGUCCUCACCGUCGUGCACGUCUGCCACUUCAUGGGGGUCAUGCACCGGGACCUCAAGCCCGAGAACUUCCUCCUCGCCAGCCCCGCCGCCGACGCGCCGCUCAAGGCCAUCGACUUCGGCCUCUCCGUCUUCAUCGAAGAAGGUAAAGUCUACAAGGAAAUCGUGGGAAGUGCAUACUAUGUGGCGCCAGAGGUGUUGCACCGGAAUUACGGCAAAGAAAUCGAUGUCUGGAGUGCUGGCGUGAUCCUAUACAUUCUUCUAUGCGGGUCACCGCCUUUCUGGGCAGAAACGGAGAAAGGCAUAUUUGAUGCAAUAUUGGCCGGCGAACUUGAUUUAAUCUCCUCCCCGUGGCCCUCCAUAUCUGAAAGUGCAAAGGAUCUCAUUAGAAGAUUGUUGAACAGGGAUGCUCAGAGGCGCAUUACUGCAGUACAGGCCCUAGAACAUCCAUGGCUCAAAGGUGGUGCACCUGACAGACCUAUUGAUAGCGCAGUCCUGUCAAGAAUGAAGCAAUUCAAGGCAAUGAACAAGCUAAAGCAACUUGCACUCAAGGUAAUCGCAGAGAACCUAACAGAAGACGAGAUCAAGGGACUGAAGCAGAUGUUCAACAACAUGGAUACAGACAAGAGUGGCACGAUCACGGUCGAAGAACUGAAGGAAGGACUGACAAAACUAGGGUCAAAGAUUAGUGAAGCAGAGGUUCAGAAGCUUAUGGAAGCAGUUGACGUGGACAAGAGUGGCAGCAUUGAUUACGCGGAGUUCCUUACUGCCAUGAUGAAUAAACAUAAACUGGAAAAGGAGGAGGAUUUGAUCCGUGCAUUUCAACACUUUGACAAAGAUGACAGCGGGUACAUAACAAGAGAUGAACUGCAACAAGCCAUGGCGGAGUAUGGAGUGAGUGAUGAAGCAAGCAUUAAAGAAGUACUGGAUGAAGUUGAUAAAGACAAGGAUGGGAGAAUCGACUAUGAAGAGUUUGUAGAAAUGAUGAGGAAGGGAAGUUAUACCUGA